AUGGAUCUGCUCCGGGAAGAAAUUCUUAAGAAAAGGAAAAACCUCGCCGAUGAAGCCGGUGGGAAGAAGUUCUUCAAGCGAUCCGAUAUCGAGCAGAAGAAACUCCAGAAGCUCCGAGAGGAAGAACGACGCGAGCAUGACCUUAAGGCCCAGCGAAGAUCCGCCGCAGAAUCCGGUGGAGGAGCUGAGAAAUCAUCAUCCGCUCCUGCUUCAUCUGCUUCCAGUUCCAAAUCCUCCGCAUCCGCUAUCAUCGCCGAUUCAAAAUCCCCAACCGAAACCCUAAUUCUCCCGAGGCAGGAAGUGAUUCGCCGAUUGAGGAUCCUCAAACAGCCGAUGACUCUCUUCGGAGAAGACGACCAAGCUCGGCUCGAUCGGCUCAACCACGUGUUGAAGGAAGGAUUGUUCGAGAUGGAUAGCGAUAUUCUGGCCGACGGACAGACGAACGAUUUCCUCCGCGACAUCUCCGAGCUGAAGAAGCGGCAGAAGAAGAGCGAUACAAUGUCCGAUAAGAAGAGGAAGAGGAAGAGCGGAGAAGAGAGAGAAACGAGAGACGGUGACCUCGAGCUCAGUGGUGAGUCGAGUGAUGACGUUGAAGCUGAUAAGGAUUCCAAGGUUUUGAAAGCUAAUUUCGAGGAGCUAUGCGACGAGGACAAGAUCCUAGUCUUCUUCAAGAAGCUGGUGAUUGAGUGGAAGCAAGAGCUCGAUGCAAUGGACAACACUGAGAGGAGAAGCAAUAGAAACCGUAGCGUAGCCACUUUUCAGCAGUGUGCUAGGUAUCUCACUCCUCUCUUCAACUUAUGCAGGAACAAGGGUUUACCAGCUGACAUUCGUCAAGCAUUAGUGGUGAUGGUUCACCACUGCAGGAAGCGAGACUACCUCGCAGCGAUGGACCAGUACAUCAAGCUAGCGAUAGGGAACGCGCCGUGGCCCAUCGGUGUGACUAUGGUUGGUAUCCACGAACGUUCGGCUCGAGAGAAGAUCCACACCAACAGUGUGGCUCACAUGAUGAACGACGAAACCACUCGCAAGUAUCUUCAGUCGGUUAAAAGACUGAUGACUCUCUGCCAGAGGCUUUACCCAACGAUGCCUUCUAAAGCGGUCGAGUUCAAUAGCUUAGCCAAUGGUAGCGAUUUGCAGUCGUUGCUCGCUCAAGAAAGCGAACGAGUCGUCUCUGAGGAAAGACUUAGGCUCAUGCCUCCUCCUCAGAACGAAAGCUAA